AUGAGGAGAAGGAAUAUUCCUGAAAAUGACAACCUAGGGAAGUCCUAUGGACAUACAUCUUGGAAUCAGUGUAAAGAAGUAUUCCCUUGUACUGCAGAAGGUAAUGUGAAUGUGAAAAUAGCAGAAACACACCACAAUGUUCAGAUCCACGAAAAAUAUUGCAGUGGAGGGAAACCCUAUGUAUGUCAGCAAUGUGGAAAAGGGUUCACCAAAUCUGGACAUUGUAAGCAACAUGAAAGAAUUCACACUGGAGAGAAACCAUAUGUAUGUCAGCAAUGUGGGAAAGCUUUUAACACACGGGGAAUUUUUAAGAAACAUGAAAGAAUUCACACUGGAGAGAAACCCUAUGUAUGUAAGCAAUGUGGGAAAGCUUCUACCCGACGUGAAAAUUGUAAGCAACAUGAAAAUAUUCACACUGGAGAGAAACCAUAUGUAUGUAAGCAAUGCGGGAAAGGUUUCACCAAAUCUGGACAUUGUAAGCAACAUGAAAGAAUUCACACUGGAGAGAAACCAUAUGUAUGUAAACAAUGUGGAAAAGGUUUCACCAAAUCUGGACAUUGUAAGCAACAUGAAAGAAUUCACACUGGAGAGAAACCAUAUGUAUGUAAGCAAUGUGGAAAAGGUUUCACCAAAUCUGGAAAUUGUAAGCAACAUGAAAAAAUUCACGCUGGAGAGAAACCAUAUGUAUGUAAGCAAUGUGGAAAAGGUUUCACCAAAUCUGGACAUUGUAAGCAACAUGAAAGGAUUCACACUGGAGAGAAACCAUAUGUAUGUAAACAAUGUGGGAAUGCUUUUAACACAUUGGGAGUUAUUAAGGAACAUGAAAAAAUUCACACUGGAGAGAAACCCUAUGUAUGUAAGCAAUGUGGGAAAGCUUUUACCCAACAUGGAAAUUGUAAGCAACAUGAAAGAAUUCACACUGGAGAGAAACCCUAUGUAUGUGAGCAAUGUGGGAAAGCUUUUAACACACGUGCAUAUUGUAAGGUUCAUGAAAGAAUUCACACUGGAGAGAAACCCUACAUAUGUAAGCAAUGUGGAAAAGAUUUUACCACUUCUGGAAAUUGUAAGCAACAUGAAAGAAUUCACACUGGAGAGAAACCCUAUAUACAAAAGCAAUGUGGGAAAGCUUUUACCCAACAUGGACAUUGUAAGCAAUAUGAAAGUUCACACUCAAGAUAAAACCAGUGUAUAUGAGCAUCAUGAGAAUUUUUUGAGCACAAGUUCAUAUUACAUAAUGCAUGAAAAACUUCACACUCGGGCUGGAGAUUUAGCUCAGUGGCAUAAACGCCUGUCUUGCAAGCAGGCAGUCAUGAGUUCGAUCCCUGGUACCUAUAAAAACAAAAAAGACAAAAAAAAAAAAAGAAGAAAAUCUUCACACUGGGCAGAAAACUUAUAUAUGUAAGGAAUGUGUGAAAGGAUUCAGCAGAAAUGCUCAUUGUCUAAAACAUGAAAAAAUUUACACUGUUGAGAAACCCUGUUUAUGUGAAGAAUAUGGGAAAGCUUUCACCACACAUGGAUUUUGUAAGAUACAUCAAUGACUCCACUCUGGUGAGAAAUGCUAUGUAUAUAACAAUGUGGCAAAUCUUUUACCACAUACAGUCAUUGCAAAACACAUGAAGGAAUUCACACUGGGAAGAACCACUGGCUACAUAAGCAAGUGGAGCCACUUUCAGCAGCCAGAUUGUAAGUGAAAUACGUGAAGAAGCUCACACAAGAGAUAAAUCCUAUGUGUUAUGGGAAUACUCUCAGCACACAUGAUCAUUGUUACAUAUCUGAAAGAGCUCACUGGAUCCUAUGUGUAUUAACAAUGUGA